AUGGGAAAUAUCAGUGUGCCUAGUAGUCAACCUCCCAACUCUUCAAUAGAGGGACCUUCAGGGGUGGAAGCCCAAACUGCUAAGCAUAAUGAACAGCAGAAUGUGCAACCUCCUGCUACAGUUCCUGAAAAGAAGAGGAAGAAGGUUGAGGCCAGAUCCUUAGUAUGGGAUCAUUUUGAGAAAAUUCUUGACAAUAAUGGUGUUGCUGUAAAAGCCAAGUGUAUUUACUGUGCAAAAGUCUAUCUGUUAACUGCCCAUUUCAUUGAUUCUGAGUGGAAGCUUCAUAAGAAAAUCCUUGCAUUGGUCCUUGUUACCUCUCACAAAGGUGAAUAUCUAGCCAAAGCCCUGGAAAAUUGUUUGCUAGAGUGGGGACUUAGAAAUGUGCUUCCUGUGACUGUUGAUAAUGCCUCAUCAAAUGACACUACUAUGGGGUUUCUAAAGAAAAAAUUGGUGUCUUGGGGAUCAUCUACUGUGAGGGCAAAGUAUCUUCACAUGAGAUGCAUUGCCCAUAUCUUGAACUUGGUAGUUCAAGAUGUUCUAAAAGACAGUGAUAGUUCUGUUAAGAAGUCUGCAUUAACUUACCAGAAAGUGUUUGAAUCUUUGGAAUCUGAUUGUUCUUUCAAGUCUGAUUUGGGUAAUUCAAUUCCUGAUUUUAUGGACUGGGAAUCUGUUGGCAGUUUGGUCCAGUUACUGAAGUGUUUUUAUGACAUGACCAUUAGAAUCUUUGGUUCUUCAUAUGUCACCUCAAACACAUUCUUUACUGAGAUUUCUGAUCUGUACUGCUUAUUGAAAGGCAUGGUGGAAGCUGGUGGGUCAGUGGGUGAGAUGUGGAAAAAUAUGAAGGCAAAAUUUGAGAAGUAUUGGUGUGAGUUCUGUCCCUUCUGCGCCUCUUCUGUUUCGGUUGGGAAGCCACAACAUUUACUCAAGUCCCAAAUUAAAAAACAAAGAUUGGAGUCUGAGGGUAAGAAACAAACUGAGUUGGAUAUGUACUUGAGUGAGGCAAUAGUUGAAGAGGAUGAAUCUUUUGAUAUAGUUGGAUGGUGGAAGAUCAACUCUGCUAGGUUUCCAGUUCUGUCUAUGCUUGCUAGGGAUGUCAUAGCCUUCCAAUCUCAAUUGUUGCCUCAGAAUCUGCCUUCAGUACAUCUGGGAGAGUAUUGGAUCCUUUAA